AUGAGAAGGCUGAGAAUUGUGAUAAUACAACUCGGUGUCGCCUUUUGGAAAGUUGUGACUCAUUCUCACAUUCACUAUCAUCAGAUUCCUUAUCAGGUAGGAUCGACCACGCACACUCCAGAUGAAACUUUCAAAAACUGCCAAGUGCUACGGAUCUUCGAAACUUUUAAACCGAGAAGAAAAGGCAGAGAAGAACUGUACUGCUCUUUCCUCUCGUUUCUCGUCGCGGCAUGCCAAACUAUAACUUGCCUGAUAACCCGAUUCCAACUCUUCUCUCGUCCUUCUCCGUCUCUCCCUCCUACACACUCUCUCGCUGAGUCACCGUCUCAAAUAGCUGAUAAUGAGGAGAAGAAAGGGAAACGAGUACGGCCCGAAAUAUUAUUGCUUCCCUCCAUCCACUCCCCUCCAUUACGGUUCUUCUUUUCAGACGAUGGAUCCGAUAAUCGGACUGGUGACACAGUACACGGAUAAACGGCACGAGGAUGACUUCGUCGACCGGCUCAACUUCCAGUACACCUCCUACGUGUUUGCCCUUUCUGCUCUCAUCAUUGGCUAUAAUGUGAGCUCAUCUUUCAUAGUUGCUCUUCACGAACCCAUUUUUCAGACGUACUUCGGAACGGCGAUUUCGUGCUGGACACCGGCCGAGUUCAAGAGAGGAUGGGUCGAGUACACUCGUGAUUUCUGUCUGAUCGAGAAUACCUACUACGUUCCGCUGGAAGAUCCGAACAUGCCGCCAGAACGUUACCGAGAGGAGCGGGAACUGACCUACUACCAGUGGGUGCAGUUCAUUCUCGUCUUCCUCGCCUUCCUCUUCUACCUACCGUAUCUGUACUGGAGUACUGUCAACUGGUGGUCUGGACUUCAAGUGAAAGCCGUCGUGGACGCGUCCUGCAAACUGAGUAAGACGGAUGUGAAGAGCAGAACGGUGCAAGUGGAGAAGAUUGCGAGCCAUCUGAAGAAGUUCAUCGACAGAAAGGGAAGGAAGAGUCCGAUUCCGUUGAUCCCGAACGCAGUGGGAAGGAAUUGGGUGGCCAUCAAUUACAUACUCACAAAGUCUCUCUUUGUCCUGAAUCUCCUGGCUCAGAUGAUCCUGAUCCAUAUCUUCUUGGGAUUCGACUUCAAUGACUUCCUCAGUUAGUCUAUGUCCCGAUAAACAACUCAAUAAUUCCACUUUUAGAUCUUCGUGUUGGAUUCGGAAGUAACUGGAUUGCGAACGGAAUCUUUCCCAGACAGACAAUGUGCGACUUCGAAGUGCGCAAGAAGGGAAGCAUCCAGAAGUACAGUGUUCAGUGCGUGCUCUCGAUGAACAUGCUCAACGAGAAGAUCUUCCUCGCUCUCUUCUACUGGCUUCUCGCUCUUCUCGUUCUCACCACCUACAACCUAAUCGUCUCUAUCGCUCACUUCUUCCAAUCGUCCGCCAGACAAGAGUUCGUGAGCCGCAUGCUAAAUGCUGGAGGUCAUAGAGCACUAGAUGACGACGACAGCAAUCCCGACGAGAAGAUUCCACUCAUCGACAGACCGACAACCUAUUCGGUAACUCCUCCGUAAACUCUUCUCUAAAUCGCUCUUCUCCUUCCAGAACGACUAUAACCGCGUGCUUUCUCUCAGCCCGGACGUCAUCGUCGUUCUCCAUUUAAUCGCGAAGAAUGCCGGUGACAACGUCUGCCAGAGUGUCGUCAACGUGCUGUUUGAGAAGCUUUCCGAGAAAUCUCAAUAAACAAACAGUCGCCAAUUAUUUAUGUCAUUUGUGUAUUGCUGUUUGAAACUAUUAUGAAACUUUUAAACUUUACUGUUUUCCCAGAUGUGCACGCGUUGGCCCAUGCUCCAGUCCGUUCUGUUGGCUCAGCCGUCCGUCCGUUCGCAGACUGACCAGUCGCCUUUCCCUUUUUGACCAUACUCCCAAAUAACACUAAAAAUGCGCUCUCAUUCUGUGAUCUCCUCUUUUCUCCUACUAUCUUCAGUACAUUUUGGGUGUCCAUCACAAGACAUUGGUGAGAACCUCUUCACGAUCGAGUAUAAAAUCUCAGUUAUGUUCAGAAUACCGAGCGUGUUGCCAGGUCGGCACCAAAUCAGAGAACUGCACCGCCUUCUUGGAUCCUCGCGAACUCGUCAGAAUCGCUUGUUGCGGAAGCCACGUUUACAACACUUCGAGUAUGCUCUGCUGCGAAGGAAAUGUACACAAUCGGGACAGAGGUGCGUGCCAUUUACUUUUUUAUCAUUGACCAUAGCUAACUUCGUUAUCAUUGUGUCCCAAUAUAAGUAAAUAAUCGGGUUUUGUUUCAGGCGGUGUCAUGGCUCAUUCGUGCUGCGGCACACAACCGCUCCGCCUCGAUCAGACCUGUUGCGGAGGGACUGUGAGUUAGCAAAGGGGCUGUGAGAAAGCAUUGAUCCAAAACGUUUUUGAUCUGUGUUAAACAGUUUAACUCAAACUAUGAAAAGAUCUCUGCGUGAUUGUUCUGAACCUCAAAAAUCAUCCCGCUGGAGUGUAUCAUCUUUCUGAUCAAGCUAGAAUGAUUACGCAAGUUCACAAGAUCAGUGGAGAUAUGUAAUGUUUUCGCUGUCGCCAAACGAAAAACGCUUUCAGAUCCACAACAUGAUUGCCGGCGACUGCUGCGGCACAGAAGUCUACUUCAAACGGGACACCACCCUCGUGUGUUGUGAUCAUGUGUUAUCAGUGUAAGCGAAACGAACGGAAAUUGACGGGAUGCCAUUCCACACACUCAAAAACAGACUUUCCCAAGCUCGUUUAGCGGUGUUUCGUCGUAAGACGUUUCUGAUCUCGUGGCGCUCGUUUCGAGGUUGAUGCCUUCGUCACCGCCACGAAGCACAGAAGAACGGACGGAUGGGGGAACGACGGGAGGCUACGGUUGUAAUGGGCAGAUUGAGAGAGAUGGGGGGAGAGAUGAAUGUGUAAAGCGGCGAAGGACGAAAAGAUGAAGGUGUACCUCACGAAUGAGUAAUCGGGUGUAAUGGCACGACAUCAAGGUUCAGACUUCCAAAAAGACAACUCCAGAUGAAUUCCAGAAAGACAACUCCAGAUGAAUUCCAGAAAGACAACUCCAGAUGACAUGUGCUGCGGAACGUCCACUUUCGACGGCGGAAUCCGUGAAAUGUGCUGCGGGGAUUCGGUGUUCGAGUCCUCGCAGUUCGACUCUUGCUGUCAGGCCAACAACGGAACCGCCCGCCCUUAUCACUCGUCGUCGCAUGUGUGCUGCGACGGUCCGCUCGAGAAGGCAUCGCCAGCGCGUGCGUGCUGCUAUCUCCGGAAUGGCGACGGCAAAUUUGUUGAUACGGUGGGUAAUUUGCUCGUGAGCCAAUUGGCUCGCUGAUAAGAGAGCACUGAUAGACGGCACUUGUUUUGUUUGCAGCAGUACGACAAAACGAAGCAGUGCUGCAAGUACCCGUACGACAAGAUUUAUCCGAUGGGAAAGAAUAAAACUUGUUGA